AUGUUAAAUUCGAAGGUUUUGGUGGUAUUUUUUCUUGUUUCUUGCUGCAGUUUCCAAGCAAAGGCGACAGAUCUAGACAAGCCACCCAAUAUCAUAGUCAUGCUCAUGGAUGAUGUAUGUACUGUCAGUGUAUACUGUGAAAUUGUGAAUAGUUCAAUUAUUACUUUACUAAUAGUUGGUUAACAUUUUCAGUUGUUGCAAUUGUGGAAGAACUCUCAUGUUUGAGACCUGAUAGAUUAGAUUUUAAAAAUGUAGCUAAUGGUAUGCCAGUGAGGUACCCAUAACCAUGGUACCCUAACCAUGCAUGGUACCCUAACCAUGCAUGGUACCAGCAAUGGCAUGUUGGUUGUGCCUGGCUAGCUGAUGACUACAUGGUGUCGAUGGUGAUGAGUGACCACAGUCGGAGCUUCUUAACUGGACAGAUUUGAUGUUUUCUGUAUGUUUACUAAAAAAUAUCAAAUUCGGCAAUUUCAGUCCUCAAUUUAUAUUUAUUCUGCAUUUUAUACUUGGUCUGCAGAUUAUACUGACUGAUUGGCCACCCCACCCACUAAAGAAGUAGUGUCCACCUAUGUCUGAUUGUAUGCCUACAUCUUUUUGUAUUUCCAGAUGGGUUGGGGUGAUCUUGGUAUAUUUGGCAACCCCAGUGGAGGUUCGCCUAAUGUUGAUAAGAUGGGACGUGAUGGCAUGGUACUGACUGAUGCAUAUUCAGCCAAUCCUCUAUGCUCACCCUGUAAGUUCAAAAUACUGAUUCUUGGUUACAGUUUGUAUAAACUUAACCCUUUAAGUGGCAAUGCACCCUGAUGCGCCCUUAACUUUAGGAUUUUAUUACUCUGUCUAACGCCAGAGGGUUUCACUCUGUCUAACACCAGAUGAUUUUACUUGUCAAGUGGAGAGUGUUGCCACUCAAUGGGUUAAUUUAAACAUUGACUUUUUCAACUAUAAUUUGGUUUUCAGCUCGAGCAGCUUUGCUCACUGGCCGACUACCUAUCAGGAAUGGUUUCUAUACUACAAACGCACAUGCUCGCAACGGUAAGUUCUACGCAGCGCUGUGCAUUGUGCUUUUGAAAACUAUGUUGCCUUGGCUAUUGUAGAGCCUUGUUUUGUGAUUGAGAUGUUGACCUUCAACUAAUGUCAUGUACACAAAAGCAAGGCUCUAUAGCUAAAGUGAUGUACUUUCCGGAAGGGUGUAUUCUUUUCUAACACAUUCCUAAUUUUUGUUUCAUUUAGGAUAUACUCCACAAAACAUUGUAGGUGGAAUUCCUGAUGAUGAGAUUUUGCUGCCUGAACUUUUACAAAAAGCUGGUUAUAGAAAUAAGAUUGUGGGGAAGUGGUAUGGAGCUAAUACAUAUUACUUGAUACUAAAAUCAAAUUCUGAUUUUUGUCCUUUUUUGCAAGUCUUUCUAACCAGUGAACAUGACUAUACCAUUAUUAUUUUUAAUGAUUCUUUAAUCAAUUAGUAUUAAUACAUUACUCUGAAUCCAAAAUUGUUGUUGCAAGUUGCAGCAAAAACUGCCUCGCAUAACAUGACCUUGAAACUUUCAUUAUCAUGUUUAGGCAUUUAGGUCAACAGCCACAGUAUCAUCCUCUCAAACAUGGCUUUCACGAAUGGUUUGGUGCUCCUAACUGUCACUUUGGACCGUAUAAUGAUGUUUCAUUCCCUAACAUACCUGUCUACCGCAAUGAAUAUAUGAUAGGAAGGUAUUACAGUACAUAAUUCAUACAAUUCAUGAUAUUUUGAACUUCAGCACUGGGGUUUCCAUGUACCUAUAGAGUAUUGGCACUCGACAAGGGGAGAGUGCUGGCACUCAGACCUUGCAUUCAAUUCUCAAACACACAUGCUCAGUUUGUUGUUAUAUACUACACUGCUCAUAUAAGGACUAACCCUUUAAGUGGCAAUCCACCCUGAUGUGCCCUACUUUAGUAUUUUACUCUGUCUAACGCCAGAUCGAGUAUUUUACUCUGUCUAACACCAGACGAUUUUACUCAUCAAGUGGAGAGUGCUGCCACUCAAUGGGUUAAUUAGGACUAAAACAAGAGUUUUUCAUAUGGUAGUUGAUUGAAGCACUUUUUUCCUUAAGGUAUUAUGAGGACUUUCCUAUUGAUCACAAAACUGGUGAAUCCAACCUAACCCAAAUGUAUAUAGAGGUAUGAACUUCGGCAGAGGUCCAUAAGUUUGAGUUACUAGUCAAUACACAGCCAAAGACCCGCCUAGAGGUUGUGCAGAACCCAGUUAACGUUCCACGGUUUUAUUAACUGAGUUUCACCAUAUAAAAUCUGACACCACAUUAUCAAUGUUUUUGUUUGCACUGCAAUGUAAAUUACUUUUAUGUCUAUCUAUAGGAAGCCCUGAAUUUCAUUUCAAAGGAAGAGCAUCCUUUCUUCCUAUACUGGGCGCCAGAUGCGACUCAUACUCCUCUUUAUGCGUCUAAGGAAUUUCUGCAGAAAAGUUACCGUGGAUUGUAAGUCUCUUGUACAAACUUGUUAUACUACAAUAUUGAGUGUUGCUGCACAGUGGUCAGAGUGCAUUUCACCUCAGUGAUUGAGGUUCGAUUCCUGCGCAUUGUUGAAUUGUAUUAGUUCACCGGCCAUGUCACAUGUGAAAGGAUUGGUCCUUUCAGAGUAUAACUCUAACUCUACCAAACAGCACAGCACAGGUUUUCUGUGGCUAUGCCAGUGCUCGUUUCCAGUUUCCUAAGGGGCUAUUCAUAUGCGCUGGGGCCAGUCCAGCUAACCAGGAUGAAAAUUUUUUCAUGAUCAUAGAAUAUCAUUUGAAUGAACUUUAUACUGGAAUCAAGCUAAACUAUUCCUGUCCACUAUAAAUAAUCUUAGUUUUGUUAAGUUUUUUCCCCUAGUACAGAUUUUAAUAAUUGCAAAAAAAAUUUAUUCUAAUUAUAUUGGGCUAGAGACCAGACCUACUAGAACCUUUACAAGCUUUUUUGUUUAGGCUCCUAAUUGUAGUUCAUAAUGAGGUUAAUUUAAUAUAUUUGCAGUUAAAGAUAAUGAAAAAAGUAAUUUUUGGAAUAUAUGCUAUUUACAAAAGAAGGAUUAAUAAAGCAGGACUAUUGCAAUAAGAGAUACGUUUAAAUAUCAAUAAAAUAUGAAGACUAGUUUAGCAGAUUCUCUUGUCUACUUUUUACAGACACUUAAUGACGAUCUAUUUUUCAAUUGAUAUGCAGAUAUGGUGAUGCAGUAUUGGAACUAGACAGUGGCGUUGGCAGAAUUCUCCAGAAGUUAAUUGAUCUAAAGAUUGACAAUAACACCUUCGUUUUCUUUUCUUCUGACAAUGGAGCAGCUACGUAUUCAAAGAUAACUGGUAAGAUCUGAAGACGUGAGUUAGGGAAACAAAAUUGUUCACAUGGCGUAUAGUUCAUUCACAAAUAGGUACUGUACGUGUAUCUUUUGGGGGGUUUUUCAGGAGGAAUAAAUGGUCCAUUCUUGUGUGGUAAAGAGACGACAUUCGAAGGUGGGAUGAGAGAACCAACGAUUGCAUUGUGGCCAGGAAAAAUCAAACCUGGUCAGGUCAGUGAUAUUGUGGAGGCUGUCCAGAAAACUAAGCUAAGACUUCAAAAAUUGCAGUGGCGCCUAAAUUACUUUGUCAAGUAAAAGUAAAAGUAAAAGUAAUUAACAAUAAAACGACUUGAGUAAGAGUAAAAAGUUCUGGAGGCAAAACGUACUUUAGUAAAAAGUGCAAAUUAUCCUUAAAAAACAUUCAACUUAGAUGUUUAUCAUGCCGCUGAAUAUGUUUGGCAUAAACAUUCAACUUACAUGUUUAUGCCGUUGAAUAUGUUCGCUAUAAAUAUAACUGCACAACAAGAGCUUCGCGAGAACUGAGCUCUACAUGCACUUUAUAAAAUACGUAAAAAACUAGACUUUUCCAAGUUUUCACUCAAAACAGCAACGAAAAUAAAAUGCUUUGGCAUUGCUCAUAUUUUCAGAUGAGUCAACAACCUGUAUCUCUGAUGGACAUAUUCACGACUGUAUUAAAGUUGGCGAAUGUCGAACCACCAUCUGAUCGCAUUAUUGAUGGUAUCAACUUAUUGCCAGUUCUACUUCAGAAGGAACACAUCGAUAGGUUAGUUUCUAGUGUUUUUCCUACAUUAUGGCUUGUGUACAUUAGUCAUUAUGUCUGGUUUCACUAGUAGCAUUACAAAGCAAUUUAAUUCCAAACGACUAGUCAACUUCACUCUUCAAGACCCAGUGAUACGAAGGCCGGAUAGUGAUUUUUUCAAACUUUCUAAAAUUGACAAUUGAGUACUAUAACCAAAAUUAAAGUUUGGUGAUUAUAAAUUAAAGAGCUUUUCAUAUUUAUUGUGAGGCGUUAAAGAUGGUUAAAAAAACCCUUUCCGGUGGAUAGCGCUACCGGUAUCCAUGCCAACCUCCCCAGAACUGUUGACACCAUACAUGCACAAGGCAAUUAGCCUUUUUCCAAAAGAGAUCACAGUGCAUUCUGGGAUAGUUUGGAGGGACAAAAUAUAUGGUGACAGGCGUCAAAUAUGUGAAAGAGUACUAGAAGUAUCUACUAUCAAAUAUCAACUUUUUAGACGACCAAAAAUGAAAUAUCUCCUUUUUACAUUAAACUUUUAAUUUAAAUGUGUGCUGCCAUAUUUCUUGUUCCUCCAACAUGGGAUUCGCGCGACUAGACCCAGGACUUUCGGAAAUGAUUUGCGCGACUAGACCCAGGACUUUGGGAAAUGAUUUGCUCGACUAGACCCAGGACUUUGGGAAAUGGCUAAUUGUAAACUACAAUAAUACCCUCUGAACCCUCUGUAUUUAUUGGCCCACAAAAUCCAAGAUUACUAUACCGUAUACUAUAUAUAUAUAUAUAUGAUGAGAAGAAUUUAAUUAUUUUCUAGUAGAUUAUCUGUUAACAGUUUGUUGACCAGCGUCUUGCCCACGAUGAUGCACAGAGUGCGUAGAAUUAGGGUGGGGUGAUCCAGCUUUUCUUCAAAGUGCUUUUCCUCCAUUAAAAUUCUCUCCGGAUAAAUUCUCCCGCUUUUCGUAUGUUAUCAGGGUGUCCACGGGCCUUGAAAAUCCUGGAAAGUCCUUGAAUUGGAAAAAAAAAUCCAGGACUGGAAAGUCCUUGAAAGUCAACCUCCAGCUGUGCCAACAUUAGUGAUUUUGAUUAAAAUUACUGAAUAAAGUGGGGCAAAUCCGUGCCAUUUGCAAAGAUUUUUCCCAGUUCUAGGUCCUUGAACUCAGUACUGAAAAAGGUCCUCCCUGUGUUAUAAAUAUGCCCAUGAAACAUAGUUCCCUGCAAUUAUUUCCUGCAUCUUUGAAUCUGCAUCCUCGGUUUUAGACCAAUAUUCUACUAUCGUGGGGACGAAAUGAUGGCAGUACGAUACGGCUUACACAAAGCUCAUUAUUGGACAUGGACAAACAGCCUUUCCGAGUAUCAAGAAAAAGUAAGUAAACUAAACUGACUUUUAUACUGGAUAGUUCUGUCUGAGCAAAAACAAAAUGUCAAAAAUACUAAGGAAUCAAUUUUUCAAGGGCGUAGAUUUUUGUCCUGGGGAAUGUGUGACAAACGUCACGACUCAUGAACAAAUGAAUCACACUGCAUCACCGAUAUUGUUUCAUUUGGGAAGAGAUCCCGGGGAGAAAUACCCCAUACGGUAAGUAACACUUUUGCAAUCUCGUACCGAGAGAGAACGUUCUCACUGUUAAACUAAACUAACUUUUUCAGACUGGAUAACCCUUUCAAUGCUUUAUCGUUAAGUACCAGUAAGGGCCAUCCCUCGUCGGCAAAGUAUAAGCUUUUAUUUCGUGUCUUUUUAAACUUAGAAAUGAUAAAGAAGAGUACAAGACUGCUAUGACAACGAUUGAUAAGAUUGUCCAAGAUCAUCAUUCAAAGAUGAAACGAGGAACGCCACAACUGAACAUGUGUGACUCGGCUGUCAUGGUAAGUUCUGCGUCGGCCCUGGUUUGUAUCUGAACUACAUGAAAAGAAUUUCAAAACACUUCGAUAGUUUAAGCGAAGGCCUUUCGUCAGCAACCAAUGCUUGUUAUCCUUAUAUUCUCGCUAUGCCUCCUCUACGUAUAUUACAAAACAGAUAUGCACAACCAGUAUUAAGAAUGCAAGGCAAUCCGGUGUUUUUUUCCGCCUUUUCAAAAAAACAGUAUUACACUAUUACUUUUCUAAGUGUGUUUGUAUAUUCCUUUUAGAACUGGGCACCUCCUGGCUGUGAAAAGAUUGGAAAAUGUUUGAAAAUCCCUCCGUCUGACCCAACACGCUGUGUAUGGCUACAUUGA